AGUGCUAGCAAACGGAACGAGGGCGCGCUCGUUGAAGUUCCUUUCUAACGUUUCGCAAUCACAUGGUCGGCAGCCUUGUGUUAAUAUUCCUCAUGUUUAUUAUUAUGAUUGCUCUGGUAUUGGGCCUGUGACGAAUCUCCUUGUUGGUUUCAUCAUUUCUGGCUGCCAGUUAACAGUACAUUAAAUUGGUGUAAAACGCGUAUACACUAGUAAUCACAGUAGCAGCGGAGACUGGGAGCAAAACCUGAGACUGCAGAUAGAAGCGGGCGACUGCAAACCACUGACCAACGGGCGACCCAAGGUUACAAAACAAACCCAACCUCUCUCUGGGCAACAGUUUGAGGAGCUAACGAGAAUAACGCAGAAGCUAAACAGCUAACCCGAAAUGGCGACGGCAAUAUACUUGGAACAUUACCUUGACAGUAUUGAAAACUUACCAUGUGAGCUACAAAGGAACUUUACUUUGAUGCGGGACCUGGACAACAGGACUGAAGAAAAGAAAGGAGAGAUCGACAAGCUGGCUGAAGAGUACAUAGCAAAUGUGAAGAAUCUAGCUUCUGAGCAGAGAGUGGAACACCUGCAGAAGAUCCAGAAUGCCUAUAGCAAGUGCAAAGAGUUCAGUGAUGACAAGGUCCAGCUUGCAAUGCAGACAUAUGAAAUGGUGGACAAACAUAUCCGCAGGCUGGAUGCAGAUUUGGCACGGUUUGAGAAUGAGCUAAAGGAGAAACUGGAAGUAAGCUAUGACAGUACAGAAGGCAGAGCUUUGAAAAAAAAUGAGGUGCGGGGGCUGAGAGAGAAGCGUGGCUCCAGGGGAAGAGGAAGGAAAGGUUCAGAUGAAGAUUCUCCCAGAAAGAAAAAAAUGAAAAACAGCCCAGACUUGAGUGACGCUCUCCUGCCUAUGCAGCCAUCAGACGUGUUGGACAUGCCGGUCGAUCCAAAUGAACCUACAUACUGCCUGUGUCAUCAGGUGUCCUAUGGAGAGAUGAUCGGAUGCGAUAACCCAGAUUGCCCCAUCGAAUGGUUUCAUUUUGCUUGUGUUGAUCUCGCCACAAAACCCAAAGGAAAAUGGUUUUGUCCGAGAUGCACCCAGGAUAAGAAGAAAAAAUGAGUUUUCAGAAGUGCUUAUGUAAUAUCUGUAUUUUUGGUAGAGUUUUGUAGUGUCAUAAAUAUAUAAAAUAUUUUGGUUCUUACAACUCACCACAUAAAUGCUGGUUCAUACAGCUUUCUUUAAAGGCCUAAUCCGGAUUUGGAGUCUAUCUACACUUGUCGCUUUACUAUGUCCAUGUUACUGGAUUUGGACAGCUGUCUUUGACCAGUAGCUUUAAAAUAACUAGUGUACCUAUGUAUUAUUUGUCUAUUCUGGAUAAAUCUUCUGGGUGUAGUUUUCACAAAUUACCAUUCAGAAAGUCCUUCCUCUCAAGUCAUUUGCUGUGUAUGUGUAUAUCAUUACUAACAAACUCAAAAACCCGGAUUGUGGCUUUAGCAUACUUGAAAUGUCAGUUUUAUAAAGAACUUUUUUAAACAAAUUAAUAGCCUGCUGAGAAUUUACAAUUUAAAUGCCUAAAUCCUUACUGGUGAUGGGGAAAGGAAUUGUCAGUUUGUUUUUUGUUACUACCUCCGUAGGGAAUACAUCAGCACUGCGAAAAGACUGCAAUUGAUACCAGUGUAAAAAAUAGAAAAAAAAAAAAAAAGAAGUACUUUGAUUAGCUUAAACCAAAC